AUGGCAGAUGCCAAUCACACCGUGACCACAGUGAAGGAGUUCAUUCUGUUUGGACUCACCGACCGCUCGGACCUACAAGUCCCCCUAUUUGUCAUCUUCCUCCUGAUCUACGUUAUCACUGUGAUGGGGAAUCUUGGGAUUAUCCUUCUAAUCCGGACUGAUAGCCACCUCCAUAACCCCAUGUACUUCUUCCUCAGCCACUUGGCUUUUGUUGACCUCUGCUAUUCCUCUGUCAUUGCCCCUAAGAUGCUGGCAAACUUCUUAGCAGCUAAGAAAACCAUCUCGUACUAUGCGUGCGCAGCACAGCUGGGCUGCUUCCUUACUUUCAUGAUCACAGAGUGCUUUCUCCUGGCGGUGAUGGCAUAUGACCGUUACGUGGCCAUCUGCAAUCCACUGCUUUAUCGGAUCAUCAUGUCCCAGAGAGUCUGCAUCCAGCUGGCAGCUGGCCCUUAUGCAUACAGCUUCUGUGUUGCCUUGUUCCACACCAUAGUUACAUUUCGUUUGUCCUUCUGCUCUGCUAAUGUGAUCAACCAUUUCUACUGUGAUGACCUCCCGUUGUUAGCCCUUUCUUGCUCUGACACCAGCACCAAGCAGAUACUGAUUUACGCUUUUGCUGGUUUUGAUAUGCUAUGCUCCCUUCUCAUUGUUCUCAUCUCUUAUACGUUUAUCCUCUCAGCCAUUCUGAGAAUCAGCUCUGCUCAGGGACGACUCAAAGCCUUCUCCACGUGUGCUUCUCACUUGACUGCUGUCACCAUCUUCUAUGGAACUCUGAUCUUUAUGUAUUUGCAACCUAGUACAAACCACUCUCUAGCAACGGAUAAAAUAGCUUCCGUUUUCUACACACUGGUGAUUCCUAUGCUCAAUCCUCUGAUCUAUAGCCUGAGAAACAAGGAGGUGAAAGAUGCUCUGAAGAGAACAACAGAGAGAAUUGUUGUUGUCCGCUGA